AUGGUCAACAACUGUCAUCGAAAGCAGCCACUAUAAUUAUUGAGAAAAUGAUGAAAAAUGAAUAUGAUGAACUUGAAAAUUCGUGUUUAUCGAUUGAUCAGCUAUUUCGUACAUUCAAAAAUAGAAACGUUGACAGUGGUCCUGCUGUAAAAAGUGAACCACAAAUGAUUAUCGUCGAAGAUACACGUUCAAAAGAAAAUUUUCUACUAUUUUACUGA